AGUUGGUUAUCUUGUCACCUUUGGAUGCUGUGGGCAGGUGAUGUGGAGUUUGCCAACAUUGAUCCACACACUUUUAAUUUCAACAACUUCACAAGUUCAGUUCCUGAGGUUGAUUUGACAGUUUCAUGAAGUCCUGCUGCUGCAGCUGAGGAGAUGUUGGACCUGCAGACUGAGUGGAGCAUCUCCUUUGCAGGAUGUGGUUUUAUGGGGAUCUACUAUGUGGGAGCCUGCAGCUGCAUCCUGGAGAAGUUCCCUCGCUUCAUCCAGGACGCCUCCUCGAUCUGCGGCUCCUCUGCAGGAGCUCUGAUGGCUGCUGUCCUCACUGUGGGGAUCCCUCUGGAGAAAUGCUGCGCCGAUUUGAUGUUCAUGGCCAAAGAGGCCCGGAAGCACAAACUGGGGCCCCUGCACCCGACUUACAACCUGAUCCAGAUCGUGCAGGACUCCCUGCAGGCCUGUCUCCCUGAGGACGCUCACCUCCGAGCCUCGGGGAAGCUCUGCGUGUCUCUGACCAGAGUUCCUGACGGGAAGAACGUUCUGGUGUCAGAGUUCAACAGCAGAGACGAGCUCAUCGAGGCUCUGGUGUGCAGCUGCUUCGUCCCGUUCUACUGCGGCGUGAUUCCUCCGACGUACCGCGGCGUGCAUUAUGUGGACGGAGCGGCCAGCGACAACCUCCCUCAGAGCCAGCAGAGGAACACCACCACGGUGUCGGCGUACGCCGGGGAGAGCGACCUUUGCCCCCGCGGCAGCGUGCUCAACUUCCACCAGGUCCGCUUCAACAACGUCAGCAUCCAGGUGAACUCUGAGAACAUGUACCGGGUCACCAGCACCUUCUUCCCCCCGCCGCCACAGGCGAUGGCUGAAAUCUGUAAUAACGGCUACAUGGAUGCUCUCCGCUUCCUCCAAGAGAACAAUCUGAUCAGCACAGAGUGUCCCAUGAGGAGUCUGGAGCCAGUCAGAGCUGCUUGUUGUGAUGUGGAGGUGAAUCAGCAGGACGAAGCUGAGGGGGGCGGAGUGAAACCACCUGAGGAGGAUCACUGCUGGCUGGAUCACCAGCUCAUAGAGAACCUCCCAGUUCACAUCAAACAGGCUCUGUGUGCAGCCUGCAGGGAGACUCAGUCUUCUGGAGGUCUUCUGUCCCACGUCUCCUCCUACCUGCAGCUGCCCCGAGCUCUGCCCGUCCAGUCGGCCUUCUCUCUCGCUCAGAGACUGGUGGACUGGAUCCCAGACGUCCCGAGGAACAUGAAGUGGCUGUACGGCUUGGCUGGAGGCCAGGACCAGGACCAGGACCAGGGGACGGGCCGUGACAGCGAGUCCUCACUGUGCAGGAGUACGAGUCUCCCGUCAGACCUGAACCUGUUCAGCCUGAGAGACGCUCCGUCCUCCAGUCAGACCGCCCCCUGCAGCUCUCACGGCGAGCUGCACCACCUGCCACUGACUCCGCCCCCCACGCCCACCGCCAGCCCCGCCCCCUCCACAGAGUCUCCUCAGGGCUCUGGUCUGGGCCCGAUGUGGAGUCUGGGACUGGGUCCAGGUCUGGGCCGGGCCGUGGGCUGGAUCAGAAAUGCCAAGAAAACGGAGGAUUCUUCGUCCUUUUCUGCGUUGAAAUAAAUAUUUUUAAUAUUGUAACAAAAGAGAAGAAAGCAAACGUGUAAAAUAAAU